AUGCUAAUGGAGGAUCCCUGGGUGCUGAUGCGAAGCAGCACCUGCCAGCGAGACAGGCAGAUAACACCUUCGACAAUCCCAGCCUCGCCCGCUCUAAAGGACCUGUACUUCUUUCCGCAGAACGUGGAAGACCAACACUUGCUAAUGCAUGACCAGACAGUCAUUAGAAAAGGUCCUAUUUCGUUAACGAAAAACAGUGCUCUGGGUCUCCCCUGCCAGAAGGAUGGAUUAAUUGGAGUGGUGAUAAACCCCAAUGAAGUAUUUUGUUCUGUUCCGGGGAGACUUUCUCUGCUGAGUUCCACAUCUAAAUAUAAAGUGACAGUAGCAGAGGUUCAGAGAAGGCUCUCGCCUCCAGAAUGCCUAAACGCCUCUUUGCUGGGAGGCGUACUCAGAAGAGCCAAAUCCAAAAAUGGUGGCAGAUCACUAAGGGAAAAACUGGAUAAAAUUGGCUUGAAUCUUCCAGCCGGUAGAAGGAAAGCUGCAAAUGUGACUUUAUUGACAUCUUUGGUGGAAGGUGAAGCAGUACAUCUUGCUCGUGACUUUGGCUAUGUAUGUGAGACAGAGUUUCCCUCUAAAGCAGUGGCUGAAUAUUUAACCAGACCGCACUUGGGCCGUAACGAGAUGGCUAACAGGAAAAACAUGCUUCUUGCUGCAAAGCAGAUCUGUAAGGAAUUCACAGACCUCCUCACUCAGGAUAGAACUCCUCUUGGAAACACUAGACCUAGUCCAAUCUUGGACCCUGGUAUCCAGGGCUGUUUGACUCAUUUUAGCCUGAUCACACAUGGCUUUGGGAGUGCUGCCAUCUGUGCUGCCAUGACAUCCGUCCAGAACUACCUAAAUGAAGCGUUAAAAAUAGCAGACAAAACCUAUAUGAACACUGGCGACCAGAGCCCUGCAGAAACCAACAAAACCAUUGAUAAAAUGGAUAAGCACAGGAAGUAAAAUGAGAGAAACCAGACUUUUGAACCGUUCCUUCUAAACACAGACUGAGUUCUUCUUGCCUAGGGGGCAGGUAGAAAAAAAGGGGGAGUGGAGGGGAAAAUGGCCCUUUUUUCAGGAUCUUCACCCCCUCUCCCCUUCCCCCCCACUCCUCCGGAUCAAUAAGACAAACCUUUCUAAAGCUGCAGUGUCCCUUAACUGUGGAAUCGGUUACCGAAGAUAAGUACUGGCACAAACGUAUUAAAAUCCUUUGCUGUAAAAGUGGUGCUAUAAUGUUAUUGAUGGAUAUGCAAAAAGAGAGAGAGAGUUUUCAACACCUAACUAUCUAGUGGUGACUAGCUCCGUGUAUAUUGUUUAAGAUGCAAAUUUUAGAUUGGCUCCUGUUCGUUGUCGGAUGAAAUUUCAGGUUUUUAUUCUUUUUAAAUGCAACGAUAACAAUAAUGCAGUAUUAAGCAAUGAUUUUUAGCUUUUAUGUACUCUAAAUGUUUUAUAAAUACCUGAAGAUGGCAAGAUCCUUCUGGUUUUGCUUUAUUUUCAGAUUACCAUGGGAGAAAAUUGAAGUCUCUUAGAUGUAAAAGCUAUUUGAUGGCAUUUGACAUGUUUGUUUUAAUUACGAGGCUUAUUUUUAAUGAAAACAUUCAGACUUUUUAAAACUGCAGGAAUGUUGGCUGCGGUGGAUAUCAUCUUGAUAUUUUUUUAACAAGAAAUAACUACAUGGAACUGAAAACAAAAUCCUUUUAGAAAAUCUGUUUUUUGUCUAAGGAUAUUGCAGCUUUAUUUGCAUAUUUAUAUUGGGUCAUGCUUUUAAAUUGGAAAAAAAAAACUUGAAAGAAUAGGCACAUAACUUUUUUUUUUUUUUUUUUUUUUAAAGAGAACAUAUUUGCUUAUUAGGGCCUAAAAAAAGAAUCCAGGGAGGCUUUAUGUGAAUUAAGGGAAGCAGUGUGUUGAAUGUAUAUAUUUAUUUAUGUGUAAUUUAAUCGGAUUUGUAAAUAAUGGUGAACUUUUUAAUACUUUUUUUUUUUUUUUUUUAUAAAAAUGGUUUCAAAUUUUAAUUUUGGUAAGUAUUUCAAAGGUAAUGGGUAAGCUAAAUACAUUGUUAGGUUUAUGCACAGGUAUGUUAUACAGGGUAUUUAAGACUUUUUUUUUUUUUUUUUAAUUCUCAGUUUUUGCCACUGAAGAUUAAAUUUUAAUCUGAGGUGUAUGUUCACAGAGCAAUAAUUUUGUGUAUCAUUUGCCUGAUAACUGACUAGACAUGCAAAAUGAGUGUGUGAGUUACUGUGUGUAUGUGAAUACUGGAGGUUAUGAACUACUCUUUACAUAUUUGUAAAUGUUUCCAAUAUAAUUCUGAUGUAUAUGAUAACCAUAUAAUAAAAGUAUUCUGGAUAGAA